GCUUGCCGCUGAAUGACAGGUGGAAGAAGAAGCAGCAAAUUAGCAAAUUAGUUUAUUGAGCGAAAACAGUCGAAAUGUUUAGCAAUUUUAUAGAAUAAAAUAGAUCGCACUGAGAUCAUAUUUGCACCGGCAAUCCAAUGAACAAACAUAUCUGCACACGUUGGGCAUUCGAUUUGAGCACAUGGACGCCGACGCUGCCGCAGCUGACGCAUGCCGUCUCUGUCAUCCAGCCGGAGGAGCGGACACGUCUCAUGAAGUUUCACUUCAUCGACGACUUUCUGUCCUCGUUAAUUGGCCGCCUACUAAUGCGCAAAUUUGUGAGCACGUGCAGCGGCGAACCCUAUCAUCAAGUGCACUUUGAGCGAGAUGCACGCGGCAAGCCCUAUUGGGUGCAGCAGGGUCAGGGAGAGGGACAGAAGUUAAAGGGGACAACAAACGCACUCAGCUUCAAUGUAUCACAUCAGGGAAGUCUGGUGUUGCUGGCGGGCAUAAGGGGUAACAAAGAUGACCCCGAAUUUGGCAUUGGCACGGAUGUCAUGAAAAUCGAGUACAAUGGAGGCAAAUCUCUGGCCGAGUUCUUUCGCCUAAUGCAGAGCAAGUUCUCGCCACAGGAAUGGAGCUACAUUGGCAGGCCACAGCACAAUGAGGGCGCUCAGCUGAAAGCAUUUAUGCGCCACUGGUGCCUUAAGGAGGCGUACGUCAAGGAGCUGGGCGUGGGCAUAACUGUGGAUCUGCAGAAAAUCAGCUUCGCCGUGGACACAACUCAUCCGUUGGAGGAAGCCGUCUCGCCGCUCUGCGCCACAACGCUACGCUGCAAUGGCACACCCAUGACCCAAUGGCAUUUCGAGGAGCAUUUACUUUCACACAAGUACUGUGCUGCCAUCGCAUUUCGCAAUUGUCUGCCCCACGACAAUGCCAAGUUUGAAUUUGUGCGUUUCGAGGAUCUGAUUGAACAGAGCAAAGCCUCCGCUGAACAGCCAGAUGUGGUGGCAUAUUGCAAGCAGGCGCUACUCAAGCCACAGAAGCGACAUUCUUAGAAAUUAGCAUAAAUUUUGAUUCUGAAAUAAAUGUAAAUAGAUAUUUGAUAACUUA